AUGGCUACCGAGCCGUCUUUUGACGACUCUAGAUACAGUCGGGAAUAUCACCUCCCGGGCGGGACGAUCCAAGGUCGGUCCGAGCCGUUAAAGGUUACCUACGCCGACUUUGGCUAUCGCAAUGUGGAGAACCCGGACGAGGAGAAUGUCUUUCUCUUCUUCCCUCCACUAUUAGGCAGCCGCUGGAUGCACGUAGCCAAAGACAACCUGGCCAAGAAGCACAGAGUACGCAUCAUCAACGUUGAGCGGCCAGGCUACGGUGGCACCGAUGAAGUUGAGCUGAAGGAGAGGCUCCGGGUGUGGCAAGUUGUCAUUCCGGCGCUCUUGACACAUUUAAACAUUAAACACGUGUCAGUCGGCUGUCACAGCGCAGGCACCGUCUACGCGCUAGACUUUACCCUGCACCAUCCCGAGUUCCUGCACCCCGAGCGCCCCUACCUCGCCAUCGCGGGGCCGUGGAUCCUGCCGACGCAGUCGGGCGUCAUCUCGAUGCGCAUCGCCCAGAGCCUGCCCGCCGCCGUGAUUGGCCGCUCCGAGAAUCUGGCGCGAUUUAUGAGGACGGCCGUCAACCCGGCCCUCGGCGCCGGCGCGUCGGCCGUGUCCAGCCUCUUUGGCGUCGUCGCCCGCAGCAUCGGCGUGGCGACGGCGGCGGCGGCGGACCCGCAACCAGCCAGCCAGCCGGAGACGGACGGCGAGAUGGAGAUGCGGCUGCGGCCGACCCUGCUCUCUAGGGCGUACGGCGAGAACUUGCAGGGCUUGGGUGCCGAUGCGGUGCUCAUGAUGCACAAGGUGGUAGGCGCGGACGGCGGCGAUGGCGACGGCGACGGCGACGGCGACGGCAUCGCGGGCUGGAGUAACUGGGGCGACUACGAGGCCUACGUGCCGCGGCUGGUUCAGGCCUUGCGCGCGUCGGGCCGAAAGCUGACCGUGGACGCGUUCCAUGCGGAGACGGACUCGAUGGUGGGCGACUACGGCGACCAGGGUCCGACGUGGUUUGAUGCGUGCUGGGCGGCGGACCGGUGUGGCGACGGCACGAUAGUGUACAGCGCGAGUUGUGUGGAUGAUGCCGAUCACGACUUGGUGUGGAGUAUCAAGUUUGGGGUCCCAGAGAAGGUCUUUUCGAAAAUCGGUGCUGGGGAGAAGAAGGAUGAUACUCAUCAGGACACUCUACUCGACGACCAGAAGGCUGUCGAUGAAGCCGUCGAGAAGGCAGUUGAGCACCCAGACGAGAAGACUGAGUCUCAUCAAAAGAACCUAGUUGACGACGAGAAGACUGUCCAAGAAACGGUCAAAGAGGCUGUUGAGCACGCAGACGGGAAGGCUGAGCCUCAUCAAAAGAGUCCAGUUGACGACGAGAAAACUGUCCAAGAAACGGUCAACGAGGCUGUUGAGCACGCAGACGGGAAGGCUGAGCCUCAUCAAAAGAGUCCAGUCGACGACGAGAAGACUGUCGAGGAAGUCGUUAAAGAGGCUGUUGAGCACACAGACGGGAGGGCUGCCGAGGGACUCUUGGAGUAA